AUGGCCUCGAGUCAAAACAAGGACGUCGCGAGCUCUCUACAGGCCACUUACCAUAGAUUGAAGGAGAUCGCGCGGACAUUGUGGCGGAGCCAGCAUGAUCCUCAGCUGAGGGGCUUCUACGCUGAGCUUCACGCGUACUUCACCAUCAUUUAUCAUCACCUAAAACGCAUCAGCAACAGCCAUGUCACAUUCGAUAAGAACGUCUUGGAUCAGCUGCUAGACUGCAUAGAGUCGAUACUCACACGAAACCUCCUUCGACUGUCAUCUGAUGCCAGAUUGCAACGCUUGGAUGACCUACGAGACGACUUGGUAGACAAUGGAGCCAAGGUGGAGGCCCUUCAGCCCUACUUGGACUUUGGAGCUACGCAAAUUGAACGGGACGACUUUUUGGAGUCACUGAGCGCUCUCGAAAAGGAGCUCGAAACCCGAUACCCAGAGGACAUGUCACAGUGGGCCCCAGAGGACUUUGGCCCUUUAAUCAAGAUCAACGAGCCAUCAUAUGCAGUCUGGACCGCUGCUCAGUCCAUGUUCAAAGCCCUGGUAGCCUGCAAGGAGUGCGUCUGCACGCCCACCCACGACUUCGGCGCCCGUCUCUGUCUAGGUACUCACCGGAAGCCUGAUUGUGAGGCUGAUGACCAAGUCGACUUUGACAUGUUUCUCUCCCUGAAGGAGGACUGGCAUGAAGCACAUGUUCAUACAGCAAAGGAACGAGCAGUUAGGAUUGCUGUGGAACAAUCGAGACAGAGAAGGGCCCCGAGGAGCAUGGCAGUGAAGCAGCUCUGCGAGCCGAUUGUGAGAGUCAGCACCAUGGCAGGAUACCGGCUUCAACUCAAAGUCACGAGAGAUCAGCUAUUCAAGCUGCAGUCGGAGAGGAGUGCGUCCCUUGUGGACAAGACAAAGCAUCCAGUCUCUUUGGACCAGUUUCUGAGAGACAGACCACGCAACUUCACCGAGAGGACGAAACGAAUCUUGGCCGUCAUCCUAAGCUCGACUGUGUUCCACUUGCACAAUACCCCGUGGUUAGACCCGAGUUGGAAUUCGUCCAAUGUGCUAUUUUUCCAGACCUCCUCAUCAGCUGUCACCUUGCGGCCAUUCAUUCAGACGAAACUUUCACCUUUGGAUUUCUCCCCACCGCAUGAUGGCCGCGAACACAGCCCGGAUGCAAGCGAGUCCGAAGAUUUGGACCCUGACGACCCGGAUCCUGACGACUUUGACCCCGAUGGCAUGGACCCGGAUGACUGGCUCAUGCACCGAUGUCCGGUUCUUGUGACGCUGGCAAUGAUGCUGUUGGAGAUUUACUUUGCCACACCCUUCGAUGCUCUAGCAAGACGAUACAAUGUUAACCUAGGCGAGUCGCAGAGCAGCACAAAGCAUCUCGACGUCAGCGUAGUCUUCCAGGCAUGCAGAACAGAGAUCCCUGAGAAUUCACAGUUCUAUGUCGCCGUUGGGAGCUGUCUAGACGCACAGAUAUGGGAGACUGAGAAUGGAGGUAGCCUCAACAGCGACGAGUUGAGAUCCAGAAUCUACGAAAAGGUGGUCCUGCCGCUGGAGACUGAGUUGAGUCAGGCUUACAGUUCAAUUUCGAUCAAUGACUUGGACAAGUUUGCCGAAACGUUGGACUUUGCGAGCUGGGAUCAGACGAUACAGACUUUUAAUCAACAAACGAAUGUUGAGGCUUCUCGGCAGAACGAACUCACCCUGGGGUUGCAGAGAAGUUGCAGCCUGUCCCCUAGCUUUACAGCACCCUACCACCCACCAGGUUCUGCGCAGCAUCCAGGGUCCUCAAACAGAAGGCUAUCGGAUUUGGAUCCCAGAGCCACAACUUCAGCAUCAAGCACGCCAAACCUACUCCGUUUUCCUUCUGGGCCCGAUGCUGAAGCUUUAUGCGACUCAACAGCAUCUCUGAGCUUGGAGUCGUACCCUCAAUGGAGGUAUACGGUCGGAAUCCUCUGCGCCCUCCCAAAGGAGCUUCUCGCCGUGCGCGCCCUAUUCGACACAAAGCACAACAAGCCCAAGAACCUACGCGGAGACGUCAAUAACUACGCACUAGGCACUAUCAGCGGCCACAUGGUCGUCGCCGCCUGCCUUCCAGCAGGAGAAUACGGCACCAACGCCGCAGCGGAUUCGGCGUCUAAUAUGAGGAGGAGCUUUCCGAGCAUAACAUUCUGUCUCCUCGUGGGGAUCGGCGGCGGUGCUCCUACACGGCAAAAUGAUAUCCGGCUCGGUGACGUGGUCGUGAGUCUCCCCACUGCUAGGUUCCCUGGCGUCAUACAAUAUGAUCGGGGGAAGGAAAUCGAAAACAGUACUUUUGAACUUACUGGGACUCUUCAACCGCCUCCGAGACAGUUGAUGACUGCCAUCAGCUCUUUACGAUCAAACCCUGAUCUUCCUUCCGAUCCAUUACAACCGUUCCUGAAUGACGUUGUAAAUCGGGUGCCAGACUCAUGGAAGCCAAAGUACAUGCAUCCAGGACAGGAACAUGACCACCUGUUCUCACUAGCAUGCUCUGCCUGCCAGGCUGGACGCUGCACAGACAUGAACAAUCACAUCCAAAAGCGCCCACUUCGACUGACCGACCACCCCGAGAUACACUACGGCCUCAUCGCCUCAGCAAAUCGUGUCCUCAAAGACGCAGCAGUGCGAGACCGCUGGGCACAAGAACACGGUAUUUUGUGCUUUGAGAUGGAGGCAGCAGGUGUCAUGAAUACGUUCCCGUGCCUUGUUAUCCGCGGCAUCUGCGAUUAUGCGGACUCAUACAAGAACAAGGAGUGGCAGGAGUAUGCGGCUGCGACGGCGGCGGCGUAUGCAAAGUUGUUACUA